AUGCAUGGCCAAACAACAUGUGGAUUUGGGUAUGUUCGGUCAACCAAUGAGUACAAGGUUAUUAGGAUUCAUUACAUAGACUAUGAAGGAGGAGAAGUCGAAGUAUACACACUUGGAAGUGGUUGUGGGUGGAGAGCCAUAGGUAGAGUUUCCGAUGUACUUUCGGGGUCAAGCGGGGGUCGGGGUACCUACGCAAACGAUGUUAUUUAUUGGAUUUUGAGCAGCAAAGUGGUGGCCUUUGACUUGGUUCAUGAGGAGUUCCGUUCGUUAUGUGUCCCUUGUUGUAUGCACAACCUUCGGUAUCAAGAUAGAUUUGGACUUGUAGUACUAGGAAGGCAUUUGUGUCUUUACAUAGAUGAUAUAAAAGUACGUGUGAAAAUCUGGUCGUUGAUGGAAAGUACGGACUCGGAGACCUGGCGUAUGGAGUGUGAUAUAGAUUACAAAUCCGUAAGAGGUUCUGGUGCAAGGAAGUUGCAGCCUAUUUUACUUGGGAAAAACGGAGGAAUUGUACUCUUAUUUGCUGCAUCUGUGUUAUAUUCUUAUGACCCGAAAACAACAUAUUUGAAGAUGAUAUCCAACAAAGCAUCAGCAGAUUAUUUCAAACACGUCGAAGCAGCUGCUCACAUAAAUAUGUUUGCAUCAUUGGAAGCUACGGGAGAAAAUUCAAAAAAAUACACGGUUCGUCCACGCCGGUGGGAUGAUGUUAUCGAGGAGUUAGACCGAGUUUCUCUUGAAGAGGAAGUUGAUACGACGCGUUUCAGACUCAAGUAA